AUCCUGUGCAAGCCAUCCCUGCCAACUGGGCCUGCUGUCACUCUAGGCCCAGCCAGGAGACCUCCCAACACCCGGGGACCUGCCCACCUCUUGCUGUGGCAGGGCCAUGGGGCCUGAGCGCCACCACCGCAGCCUAGCACUCCUGCUCCUGCUGCUCCUCCCUACAGCGUGCCUGGGAGCUGCGGGCAGGCUGGCUCACAAGCUGUUCCGGGACCUCUUUGCCAACUACACGAGUGCCUUGAGACCCGUGGCAGACACAGACCAGACUCUGAACGUGACUCUUGAGGUGACACUGUCUCAGAUCAUCGACAUGGACGAGCGGAACCAGGUGCUGACCCUGUACCUAUGGAUCCGGCAGGAGUGGACAGACGCCUACCUACGCUGGGACCCGGAUGCCUACGGUGGCCUGGACACCAUCCGCAUCCCCAGCAGUCUCGUGUGGCGACCGGACAUCGUCCUCUAUAACAAGGCAGACGCGCAGCAGCCGGCGUCAGCCAGCACCAACGUGGUGCUGCGGCACGACGGCGCCGUGCGCUGGGACGCGCCGGCCAUCACGCGCAGCUCGUGCCGUGUGGACGUGGCCGCCUUCCCGUUCGACGCGCAGCGCUGCGGCCUGACGUUCGGCUCGUGGACGCACGGCGGCCACCAGCUGGACGUGCGGCCGCGCGGCGCCGCCGCCAGCCUGGCUGACUUUGUGGAGAACGUCGAGUGGCGCGUGCUGGGCAUGCCGGCGCGGCGGCGCGUGCUCACCUACGGCUGCUGCUCCGAGCCCUACCCGGACGUGACCUUCACGCUGCUGCUGCGCCGCCGGGCCGCCGCCUACGUGUGCAACCUACUGCUGCCCUGCGUGCUCAUUUCACUGCUGGCGCCGCUCGCCUUCCACCUGCCCGCAGACUCGGGCGAGAAGGUGUCCCUGGGCGUCACAGUGCUGCUGGCACUCACCGUCUUUCAGCUCAUCCUGGCCGAGAGUAUGCCCCCGGCUGAGAGUGUGCCGCUCAUCGGCAAGUACUACAUGGCCACUAUGACCAUGGUCACCUUCUCCACGGCGCUCACCAUCCUCAUCAUGAACCUGCAUUACUGCGGGCCCAGUGCCCGCCCAGUGCCAGCCUGGGCGCGAGUCCUCCUCCUAGGACAUCUGGCACGAGGCCUGUGUGUGCGGGAACGAGGGGAACCCUGUGGGAAAUCCAGGACACCAGAGUCACCCCCGAGUCCCCGGCCACCUGAAAGAGGGGCCGGCCCCCUGGCAGGCCCUUGCCGGGAGCCACGGUGUCUGUGCCGCCAGGAAGCCCUGCUGAACCAUGUGUCCACAAUUGCCAGCACGUUCCGCAGCCAUCGGGCUGCCCAGCGGCGCCGCGAGGACUGGAAGCGCCUGGCCCGUGUGAUGGACCGCUUCUUCCUGGGCAUCUUCUUCUGCAUGGCCUUGGUCAUGAGCCUCUUGGUGCUGGUGCAGGCCCUGUGAAGGCUAGGGGGUGGGGCUGGCCAGGGAUGGGGCCUGCCUGCAACUGCAGCCCCUCCAGACAGUGUGGAGG